CAUCAGGUCACGCGCAGCACGCAGGUGCGUCGCAUGUCCCACGGCGGUGCGUUCAAAUUGUUUGUUUUAGCAUAAAUGUUGGAUUCAUCUCGAUACAUUUAUUAACGUAGCCGACAGCGUCCACGUCACCUCAGUUUAGACCGCUUUCCAAAUGUACAAACCUGAAUGGUGAUGAACAAAACGAGCUACGAUGGACGAGGAGGGACUAAGCAACUUCAAAGCUCUGAGGGCCAAGUUUCAGGAAGAGGCCCUCCUGGCUCAAUCGAAAACCACUCGACCAGCUGUUGCCGAGAAACCCAAACACUUUCCACGUCCUGGAGGUCACUACAGCGCUGUGGUCAGCAGUAUUAAUAUUUCUGGAGAAAACAAGACCCCAGCGGUUCCCCGGGUCAUCUUCAGAGAUGGGCUGCGGGCAUCUGGAGGCAAGCGACCAGUUUCCUUUCCACCACAACCUCAGCAGACCUCUCCCUCAUCUCAGCUAGCUAAUGGAGACGGCACAACAAGGCAGUCCCUCAAAGAAAGACACAUGCCUCUGGUGCUUCCAAUCCUGCCUGUAAAAGAGCAAAAGACAGAACCGCCAGCCAAAAAUGCGCACAAACUGGAGCCAGGGAAAGAAGUCCUGCCGCAAACUAAAAUCAAGAAGAAAGGUUUGCUGCUUCCUUUCAAGUCAGCCAAGGCAUCAAAGGUCAAGGCAGAAAAUGGAGAGGAGCCUACGUACGCUGAUUUGACCACCAGACCUUCCAGUGCUCCCGGCGCGUUGCCCUCUGUGGAAAAACAAACCCCAGAAGACAGGGCUUCGCUCCAAAGUGACCAAUCAACCGCUGAGCUCCCCCUCUCCAGCCCCGAUAUCCCAACCACCCCUCCUUCUGCAGAGACAAGUGUUGACUCCGACAACAAAAUCAUUAGCACCUUGGAGAGGGCCAGGAAGAAGUUUUCACGCAGGCAGAUGUUGUUCUCUGCCAAACCUAAGAACUUGCAGUCCCCUGACUACGUCUCAAGAGACAACGCGUUCCCUUUGCCGCCAAAGAACAUUGUUGAACCUGAACCUGAGCUACCCAUACCCCCACCAGUCUUUCUUCCACACAUGGCUUAUCUAUCGGCCCGGCCUUUCUUCAAAGCCAACCACUCUGCACACAAGUCUGCGUUGGAUAAGCAGUUUGGCAGAGAUAACGCCCUUCCCUCUGUCAGGACUGGUAAACCUCUUCCACCCUGUGCUCCGCAAAAGAAUCCUUUACCUGACUUGAGGUCACUGGGUCCAUUGCCACCAAAGCCCCCCAGACCUCCAUUGGUAGAUCUCAGCUGUUACCACCGACACACAGUUAACGACAUGUCACCAGAUCUCAGCACCUGCGGAGAGCCAGAGGCUGAGCACCCAUUCACCUCCAACCCUGUACUAGAUGCUCCAGAGUUUCCAGACUUUGAGAAUUCAGAGAUGGAAACGGCCGAGAGUGAAGCUGUUGACAUUUGUGCGCUAGAACUGGAGGCCUUAGACUUAGUCAGCACUGGCCUUCCUGUACCAGAUCACUGCGGGGCCACCGCUGUUGAGGAUCCCCGACCUGACUUAGCAGUGUGCGAUCCUGUUGAGCCCCUUAUGAGCACCAGCCUCCAAGAUCUGAACCUUGGCAAUCCAAACAUAAUACCCCUCGAUCCAGCCAGCUUCCAUGAACCAAUAAACUGUUCAGAGUUCCCAGAGCCUGCUGUAUGUGAGCAGUGGUCUCAGGGUGAGGAGGUGAGCGUGGAUCCUCUUUCUAGCGCUCACGCUGAUGAGAUUGACCUGGGAGAGACUGAGGCUCACUCUGCUGCACAGGAAACCGACAAUGGUGACCACGCAUCAUUGAAUGAUGGGAUACAACCACAUUCCAAUGUAUCUCAACAGGACCGUUACUUUGAAUCGUGCAAUAAUGUGUAUGAGGAUGUCGAGAACAUCAACAAAUUCAUCUUGGGCCAGAACUCGUGGAAACGAAAAGGUUGUCUGAAGAAUCCGUAUGCUGACAACCACCCUAUGAAGGAGGAGGCGGUUCUUAACAUGUGGCCGCGGAAUCCGUGGGGCAGGGCAUCAGAACACGCUCAUUCGGCCCAUAAUCAUGUCCACAGUCUGAAAGAACGCCAAAGCCCCAACAGUGCUUACCUUAAAGAACAGAGGAAGAGGGAAAAGCAUCGACUGGAGAAGCAGAGAAAGGAGCAAAAAGAAAGGGAGAAGAAGGAAAAUGAAAUGAAAAAGAAAUUCAAAGUGAGCGGGGAAGAGGAGCCCAUGUACCACGCCAAGGUGAUGGUGGCUAGCAAGGUUCGCAAGAAUGACCUGCCAGUGAAGAGCGGCGACACCGUCAGCAUCAUUCGCACCACCAGCUGCCCCAAAGGCAAAUGGUUGGCCCGAGACGCCAACAACAAGUACGGCUAUAUUUCAGUGAUGAAUGUCGAACUAAAUAUCAAAGAGAUGCUGGAACUUGGCAAGAAGGCCCAAGCAGCUGGACGCGGAGGCAACAUGGACGGGGAUACCAUCAGCAUUGGGAGCAGAUCUUCUAACCACCCUGUACUAACAAGCAGUUUCACAGAUGACAGUGAGGAGUGGGCAUGUGAAGAUGAGACCCUCUCACCCCCCAUUGAAAGCCAUAGCUUUCCCCAUCAGAAUGCUUCACUCCCCGAGAUGUCAUGUGGCUAUGUCAGCGCCCAGCACAUUCUGAGCGAUGCCAACCUGGAGGACCUACACACACAGACCAGACACGAGGCCCUGCAGAAAUUAGCCAUCUUCUUCCAACACAGCAAAGAAGAAUUUAGUGACAUCCCUGAUAGCGGAGGAGCAACCCCUACAAAUGCCGAGCCAUCAAGCCUCUUGUUUGCUGUUGAGGAGCCUCCAUAUCCUGAACAGGAGGUUGACUUCACAGAGCUGGAGCUCCUUCCUCCCCCACCGCUAUAUGCUGACACCUUCUGAUUACCACACUGGCUGGAGCAAGUUAAGUCGGGAUGAAAACUAAAACUGCAUAGUUCACUUUUGGAAUAUGAUACCAUGAAGAAUAUCUGCCAUGGAGACCAGUUUGCCAUGUAUCUGAAUAUUUUUUUUGGAUCCUCCACAGUGGAGAAAAGGAAACGAUCAUGAAUGGAGUUGCUGAUAUGACUGUACUAUAAUUCUGAUCUCACCUUUUUGUUUUAGUUUGUUGUGCAUAUUUAACAUUGUGUUCUACACUUUUCUUUCCUUUGAUGUUACUGUUAAUAGAGCACAAAUAGAAUCAUUGCACUUUAUCCAAAGAGCAAAGACAUAAAGUAGCCAACUGUUCACUUGGAGAAGCUUACAUAUAAGAUUUGUUUGUGAAUGUUUUCUUUGCAUUUAGAUUUUUUGUUCCUGUGUUACAUCUAAUAAAUAUUUGUUAUUGAUUUAUG